AUGGACGUCAGAAUUCAAGCGGCUCUUUUGCUCUGCCUCCUCUCCUCGCCGAUUUUCUGCCACGCGUCGCGCCCGUGGCGGGCAGAAACUUCGACGCACGACCCGUCGGCCCAAGAGACGUCGCGUUCAGAGUCCACCGAGCCGCUCGGUCUGGACGAACUCCGGCCGGACACAGGAAUCCGCGUCCCGGAAUCUGUAUCGACGGCGCUUUCGGCGUGGGACGACGACGACAAUAAUUUGAGCGCCACGGCCGUUGACGGAGCCGCGGCGGCGGCGGCAGCAGCGGCGGCGGAGGCGGCGGAUGAUGCAUUUCGUGCGUCGAAUGGCCCCGAGUCGGAAGGUUGGAGCGAGGACGGGGCGCUGCAAUCGGAAGAAGACAACAUGAACGUGGUUGUAGCGGGGCAAAACAGCGUCGUGACUUUUAGCGAGGAACUUGUAGCGGACGAAAUUCCCUCGGAUGUAGCGGAGGUUAUCCCCACGGCUGUAGCGGAGUUCCCGGCAGUAGGCAGCGACUUGGAGGAGCGCGACAAUGUGGCGGUAGCGGGGCAGAAUACGGUCGUAAUCUUUGCAAAAGAAGCCACUGCCGUUGGCGGCGAAACAGAUACAGCAGAGAAGGCGGAGGUGAAGUCGGGUGCGGAAGAGAAAGCGGAAAAAAAGGCGGAAGAAAAGGCGGAGGUGAAGGCGGAAGAGGUGGCGGAGGAAGGCACGGAGGGGCAGGACAUCGCGGCGGAGGUGGAGGCGGCGGCGGAGGAAGCCGCCGCCGCCGCUGCUGAGGCGGCAGCAGCUGUAGCGGCGGACUCGGAGGCUGUAGCGGAAGGCGACGUGGUGAGCUCCGACGGCAACGAGAGCCCAGCAGACGGUGAAACAGAGGGUGCUCCGGCCGAGACGGCUGUAUCAGCGGGCGCGGAGUCUGUAGCGGAAUGCGACGCGGUGAGCUCAGAAGGCAGCGAGAGCCCAGCAGACGGGGAAACAGAGAGUGCUCCCGCAGAGGGCUCUGAAACGGCGAGCCCUGAAACGGAGACUUCUGCAGCGGAUGCCCCUGAAACGGAGAAUCCUGAAACAGAGACUUCUGCGUCAGCGGAUGCUGGAACAGCAGAGUCUCACGAGAGUAGCCCUGCCAGCGAGAACGAGGGCGAUUCUGAGGGUGCUGCUGCUGACGGUGCGAUAAGAACUCUGGAUGAUGGGCCGACUGCGGAAGAGAUUUUGCCGGAAGGGUCUGACGGAUUGGAAGAGGGAGCUGCUGCAGUCGCCGUCCAGUAG